CCGCGGCGGUGUUCAAACGGCGUACGCCGCUGCAGUGCUGCGCCGGCAUCACACCGCAUAAACAUCACUCGUUGUACACGCGUCGCCCGAACGAAGUAUAUUUACUGUAAUAAUAAUAUUAUAUAUUAAUAUUAAUAUACUAUAUUAUGUAAAAUUGCACGAUAUCAAUGUUAUAACGGCAGCAGACGACGACACAAAACGAUUACGCACUGUACGUCAGCUGUCGUGCGUAUUAUAACAAUAGGUAUAGCUAGGUAGUCGCGUAUUGUAUACGGGCGAUUUUCUUUUCUGCUGCAGGACGCCGCGCCGAAAGCUCUAUCACGUCCGACUUUCCGCGCGCGUCAUCCGCGGCACAACGACAUAUCAUUAUUAUCGUCCUUUUGUCGUUAUUAUUAUCAACAAAUUUAAAAAUCUGGAACAAUAAUACGCGUGGUUGUCGAAAACUCAGACGACGGCAACGCGAUAAAAACGUCCUCGUCGAUACGAUAUUACAAUGCCGUCGGUCACAAAAUCGUUUAUUCGCAAGUGAAUUGCAACAUAUUACACCGGUCUUUCCGGCUUCCACUGCUAUAAACGAGAAAAAAUAUUACAAUUUUUUAACAAUAUCGUUUGUUUACAUUGUUGACUUACCGCCGCAAACGACGACUUGUUGAUGCUAUUUUAUACCCACGAAUGAUGGUUGCUCGUUCGCCACCGUCGAGCCUGUAUACCACUUUGACAUGGUCGCGCAUUUUGUUCAAUCACUCGUUAUGACGUGCUCCUGAGACCUAUCGGAGUAUACUUGAAUCCGAGGGUACCUGAAUGGCACGUCGGUGAUCUAGUGCUGCACGGAAUCCGGAUAUUAUUAUUGUACGUUGACGGAAGUCGGUCGGUCGAGCUUUGAGUCCGCGACGUAAAGGAUUUACAAGGAGUAUUAAGGAUGCGUUUACUCAACCACGGAUUCACAGUGAUCGCUUCAGGUGCACGCACCGUCGUUGACGAAGAGUCGGCAAGCAAGAUGAUGUCAACGAUGGUUGUUCGCAAACUGUUUUUAGUAUGUGGUCCAAGAGCAACGCAGACAAACUAAAAAUGGAACUUUCAGGCAAGCGGGAGAAACAACAGCAGUCCAUUAAAAGCGAGAAGGUUACUGAAGACAAUACCAAUAUAAAAAUGGAUUCUGGAUUCUUGUCUGGUGCCAAUCUGUCUUGUGAUAUGUUAUCCAAAGAGAAUAUUGAAUGCGAUGUAAAAAACAAAGACCUCAAUUUCAAACAACUAAAAGAAACACCAACAAUUGUUGUGGAUAGUGGUUUGGAUAUCUGUGAAUCGGGCUGUUUGAGUGAAUUGGAUGUUGACCAAAAAAACACCUGUAAAUCCUAUUCUAACACUGAACACAAUUGGCAGUUUUAUUUCCAACAGAAUGAAGACGGUGACACGCAACUUCAUCUUGCUAUCCUUCAUGGAUAUAUCCAAGUUUCAAAACGGUUAAUUGAUAUUUGUCCAGAUUCCAAACUAUUAGAUAUACGAAAUGAUGAUGGCCAAAGUGCUCUCCAUUUGGCUGUUAUCACAAACCAAUGUGAAAUUGUAAAAUACCUAAUGAUGGCUAAUGCCAAUGCAGAAGUAUUAGAUUGUAAUGGAAAUACAGCAGUUCAUUUGGCAUGUUAUGGUGGAAAACUAGAUUGCCUGAGAAUAUUAGCUAGUUAUGUAUUACUACCAAAAAUAUUUGAUACUAUUAAUUAUGAUGGUUUGGCAUGUAUUCAUAUUGCAACAAUUGCUAACCAUCCAAAUCUACUUAGAUUUAUUGUUAAUAGUUCAAAAAAUGUGAAUAUCACAGAUUAUAAAAGUGGAUACACGGCAUUACACUUUGCUGUAGCUCUAAAUAGAGCUAAUCUAAUUGAAUGUUUAUUAGAUAAAGUUGAUCCAAAUAUUGAGAGUUAUGCUGGAAAAUUAGCAUUUGAAAUUGAUGUUGAUUAUGAUGAAGAUGAAGAAGAUAAUGAAAUUUCUGACGAUCUUGUGAAAUCAAUGAAUGUACUUCAGUUACCUAAUAACAGUUCAAUCAAGUGUUGAAGAAUUUAUUUACCAAUGUUGUUUUACUUUUUCCUAUAUUAGCAUUCAGCCUAAAACCACCUGAUUAUAAUUUCAUUAUCAUUUUUAAAAUCUAGAUUUAUUUAAAUUAGUACAUUAAUAGUUAAAUGUGUAUUUUGUAAUUUUUAAAUUAUUAUUGAUUUUCCCACUCCCCAUUUUUAUGUAAUAAUAUUAUUGGAAUGUAUUUGAUAUGCACGUUAACUUUUUUUAUUUUAUUGUUGGAAAUGUCCAAUGAAUGUUAUGUGAAUGGAAUAUAAUUGUGAAUGACUUUUUUGGUGAUUUUUUUAAUAAAUGUAUUUAUAUGUUAAAAA